AUGAAUCUUCAUAAACUACAAGCAGUAAGAGAGGGCCACAGAGCUACUAUAGCAGAACAUUUGCAGGAAAUCGAAGAUGCAUUCAGAGAAAAUAAUAUAGAAGAUGUUCAACUUCUCAUAAAAACAAUCGAAAACAUUAUGCUUUCUUUAGCGAGUACUGAUGCAGACAUUUUAAACAAGAUUGAUACAGAAAAUACAGCAGAAGAGGUGAAGGAAACCGCUAUGUACAACAUUCGUGUAAAACGUCAACUACAGAAAUAUAACAAAUUCCAUGUUUUAUCAGAUUCCACAAUAGAAGUAGACAGAGACAAUAUCAAUCACUCGUCACGAACAGAACCAUCAUCCAGCAAUCACGGCGAGCAGAUGGACUACAUUAGAGACAGAACCAGCAUACCGCUGUCUAAUUCAUUUCAUCACAAGUUGCCAACAAUUUCUAUGCCGACAUUUAGUGGUGAUCUCUUGACGUAUCAGACAUUUUGGGACUCAUUUGAAUCAUCAGUGCACAACAAUCCCAGUUUAACAGACGUGCAGAAAUUCAGUUACCUGAAGUCAUUGCUAGAGGGAGAUGCUGCAAGAACUAUUGAUGGGUUCGCGUUAACGAAUGCAAACUACAGUCAGGCAUUGUGUUUAUUAAAAGAGCGCUACGGACAGAAACAAAAAAUCACCUCCGCAUAUAUGCAGACAUUAUUGAAGUUACCAACACCAGCAGACGAUAUUCGAGAAUUACGUCAAUUUUACGAUAUGCUUGAGACAAACAUCCGGGGUUUAGAAUCAUUAGGUGAACUACAAGAUACAUAUGGCAAUCUAUUAAUCCCAAUAAUCCUUGAAAGACUACCACCGGAAACCAGACGUCAUUUAGCUAGGGAACAUGGUACCGGAAGUUGGACGCUUCCAGACUUACGCAAAUCACUAAACAGAGAGAUUGAAAUUAUGGAAGCGGGAGAGUCACAGAACAUUAAACAGGAAAGAUUUAUACCAACAGCAUCAUUUUAUACCGCCGCACGAAAUAGAGACAACCGGAAGUCAUUAUACCGGACUGAGCAUUCAAAGAAAAAGUGCGUUUACUGUGAUGAAAUACAUAUGGGAGACUGUAAGAAAGUAAGUGAUGUGAAAUCGCGCAUUCAAAUCAUAAAGUUAAAACAUUUGUGUUUUAACUGCCUGAGUAAAGGUCACCAAGUGUCUGGAUGUCCGUCCAAGUCGCGUUGUCGCCAGUGUCAUGGUAAACAUCAUACUAGUACAUGCAGCCAUUCCCAAUCGACAUUUCCCCAGAACUACACAAAUAAGCCCGUCAUAGGAAAUCAUGAAACACAACAGUCUGAGGUAACCGGAAGUUAUAGAAACUGGAGUACUAAUAUUGAAGCCGGUGAUACAACUAUAUUAUUUUCAAAAACCCACCACUCAGAUGUUUUAUUAAAAACUGCGACAGCCCCUGUUUGUGCUAAUGGACGAUAUGCAGAAGCAAAUGUUCUUAUGGACGAAGGAGCCCAAAGAUCAUUUAUCAACCAAAAGUUAGCCGAUAAACUUCAAUUGAAUAUUGAUGGAACAGAUAUUAUACAUUUAUCAGCGUUCGGCGACCCAGCGCACAGCGUUCAACAUCUCAAUACGGCAACUAUAAAUUUAGUAGCAGACGACGGAAUGUUAAUCCCAAUCCGAGUAUUGAUUGUUCCCGUGAUAGCAAAGCCCAUCAAUAAUGUAUAUCGCAACUCCAUCAAACACUUGAAAUAUCUACAAGGACUCAAACUUGCUCACCCUGUUACCAUGGAUACCACAUUCGAUAUAUCACUAUUAAUUGGUGCUGAUUUUUACUGGCAGAUAGUUGGCGACAAAAUUAUUAGAGGUGAUGGACCCACUGCUGUAAGUUCCCGCAUUGGUUACUUCUUAUCCGGCCCACUUCAUGUAGAGAGUAGUUAUCCACCUUCCAAUGUUAUGGAAGUCAUAGCAACCCACGUAUCUGAAACGACAGACCUCACUCGAUUUUGGGAUAUAGAAUCAAUGGGUGUUUCAAAAGGAGACUGUGAAGAUACCGAUGCCUCUUCUUAUCUACAACAGUACCAGAAAUCGUGUAUUUCAUUCUCAGACGGAAAUUACACAGCGAAGUUGCCAUGGAAACAGAAUCAUCAACCCCUCCCUUCAAACUAUAACAUUACGAAGAAAAGAACAGAAUGUACAAUAAAACGCCUAAGUCAGAAGCCCCAAAUGUUGAUGAAAUAUAACGAUAUUAUACAGGAACAAGAAAAUAGAGGUUUCAUUGAAAGAGUAGACGAAAGUUCCAGAGCAAAACGCGUGCAUUAUAUACCACAUCAUGGAGUUGAAAAGAAUUCCACAACAACGCCCAUACGAAUAGUCUAUGACUGUAGUUGCCGCCAAUCAGAAAGAAGUCCAAGUUUAAACGAUUGCCUUGAAUCCACACCUCCAGAGCUGAAUGAUCUAACCACCCUUCUGUUAAGAUUUCGGCUUGGUAGAUAUGCAGUAUCAACUGACAUAGAGAAAGCCUUUCUACAUGUCGGUCUACACGAGGAUGACAGAGAUGCUACCAGAUUUCUAUGGUUAUCUGACCCUACAGAUCCCAAAAGCCAGCUUGUGACAUACAGAUUUCGAGUUGUCCUUUUUGGAGCCACAUGUUCCCCAUUUAUUCUCAACGCUACAUUACUAAAACACAUGACCCUGAAUGCAAGUAACCCUGCCGCUAAUAUAAUUACCAGAGACCUGUAUGUCGACAAUGUAAUUUCAAGUUUUCAACAAGAACAGGAUCUUCUUACCUAUUUCCGGUACGCACGUGCUCUCAUGUCCGAAGCAGGAUUCAAUCUGCGAUCGUGGACUUCAAACUCCAGUAAAUUAUGUGAACUCGCACUAGCUGAAAAAGUCUUGGACAAGGAUAAAGUUGUCAAGGUAUUAGGAAUGUUAUGGGACCCGGAUAAUGACGAGAUGUCGUUUGUACAGCGCACGAUAGUAAACUCUGAGAGAACAACCAAACGUUCUAUUCUCAAACAGACUUCAAAAUUAUAUGACCCUCUGGGAUUGCUUAGCCCAGUAACUGUACGCGCCAAAUUACUAGUUCAAGACCUAUGGAAGAAGAAAUUUGAUUGGGACACACCACUUCCGGUUGAUAUCAUUAACACCUGGGCUGAUUUGAGCAUCGACCUGAACAGCGUAAUUCAGACCAAGUUCCAGAGACCAUAUUUUCCCACCACUGAAAAUACAGCAAAUUCCGCCGAUUUUAAUUUACACGUGUUUGUUGAUGCAAGUGCACGUGCUUAUGGAGCUGUAGCGUAUCUUACUUCCGGUCAUACAUCUACCCUUGUAUUUGCAAAGAAUAGAGUCGCACCUGUCAAAGAGAUAACUUUACCCAGACUAGAACUGAUGGCAGCACUCAUCGGUGCACGUGUAACCCACCACGUGUCAAAUGUAUUCACGUGCAAGAAAAUCACAUGUUGGUCCGACAGUCAAAUAGUGUUAAGUUGGCUGAAAUCUACAAAAACACUUAAACGCUUCAUUUUGAACAGAGUCGAAGAAAUCAAGAAACUUACCCCCGAUAUUGAAUGGCGAUAUUGUCCAACAGAUCAAAAUCCCGCUGAUUUACAAACCAGAGGUCUAACUGCGACCCAGUUACAAUCAAGCACAUUAUGGAAAAAUGGACCUACUUGGUUAAGUCACAACAAUAAAUGGCCUACUUUGGAACAAACCAGGGCAAUCACUUUCACUACGUUUACGGAACAACAUUCAGAGGAAGAAAUUGUAUCUGACAAGAGAGGUAACUCUGGUUUACGUCAAAUUCUAGAGUUAAACAGAUAUAGCAGCUUUCACAAGUUAUUACGUGUUACGGCAUACGUUAUACGUUUCACUAAAAACUGUAGAGUGACGUAUAAUUAUCGCCAAAUUUGUCCAUUAUCUACAGAAGAGCUGAGAUUAGCAGAAGGAAAACUGAUUGAAACUUGCCAACAACAAUAUUUCCCAGACGUAAUUCAAGAUCUUAAAUCCCAGAAAAAACGCAGUCUAAUAAUUCGACAGCUAAGACUUUAUUUAGACAAGGACGGUUGUAUUCGUUGUGGCGGAAGAAUACAUAACGCACAGUUGCCAGAGACAACAAGAUUCCCGUUCCUUAUGUCCCCAAAGAGUCAUGUCACCAGAUUGAUAAUAGAAGACGCUCAUUACAAUCAGUUACAUGCAGGUGUCGCCCAUACUGUUACCCAUCUACGCCAGAAAUACUGGAUACCAUCAAUCAGACAGCACGUGAAAAGUGUUCUCCGAAGAUGUGUCAUUUGUAGAAAAGUUACAGGAAGACCCUAUACCGCCCCAGACCCCCCACCACUUCCGGUUUCCAGAGUAAUCAUCGAACCACCCUUCUCCGUAACAGGUGUCGAUUUCACAGGGGCCCUUUACAUUAAAGAAAAGAAAGUUCAGCAGAAGGUAUACAUAUGUCUAUUCACGUGUGCCAAAACCCGUGCUGUUCAUCUAGAAAUAGUUCCAGACCUUACAGAAGAAUCAUUUAUGUUAGCCUUCAGACGAUUCAUCAGCAGACGAUCAUUACCAAGACUUAUGAUAUCUGAUAAUGGUACCACUUUUCAUGCAGCAGCCAAUCAAAUCCGGCGACUCUAUAAUUCACAAAAUCUUCAUACUGCCCUUACACAAAGAGGAACACAUUGGCAGUUUAUUCCAAAAAGAGCACCUUGGUAUGGUGGAAUGUGGGAGCGACUAAUUGGUGUAAUGAAAACAGCGAUUAAGAAAGUUCUCGGCAAAGCUUCCAUUAAUUUGCAAACGCUGCAGACGAUAGUUACCGAAGUAGAGGCAAUGAUGAACGAUCGACCAAUUACCUACGUUUCAUCUGCUAGAGAUGAUCCAGAGCCUCUCACCCCUUCACACUUACUACAUGGACGCAGACUGACAACUCUACCAUUCUACGAUACUGUGGUAACCAACGAUACUCCCGGUUACCACAGCAAAGGUGACGAUGUUCGACAACGUGCUAAACGACGUGAGGAGUUAAUUAAUCACUAUUGGCACCGCUGGAAACACGAGUAUCUGACGUCAUUAAGAGAAUACCAACGGUCGAGUGGUACCACAAACCAGACUAUUCAGGUUGGUGACGUUGUUAUUGUCCAAGACGACUUUACACCCAGGCUACAGUGGAGCCUUGCGGUAGUUGAUGAACUUUUAACGGGAAAUGACGGGUUUUCGAGGGCCGCGAGGAUACGUACAUCCGGAGGGCUGACUACCCGACCGAUUAUCAAAUUGUACCCAUUGGAAAUUAUCCAGAAACCAGAUGAAUAG